UUUCUUCAUGCUUUCCUCACAAAUAUUCCUCUCACCUGAUUCUGUCAACAACAUGGCCGGUACCCUGUGGAUUGUUUUCAUUGGCUUUAUUGUGCGCUUCUGCUUAAUGUUCACAUCAAUACGAAAGCUAGUAGCAGAGAGAAUAGAGGUGUCAACUCCGUUAAAUGCAUGGCGAAGAGUCACCGAAGGCGUUUAUCUGCAAAGAAUUCAUACUUCCCCGUAUGAUGGUGAUGUAUUUCACGAGUCUUCUUUUCAGCCUCCGCUUCUGCUGUGGUUGUACAAUGGUUUGGGUUUGACAGCUGCUUCAGCCGAAACUACCUUACUACCGUUUUACUUCUCCGUAUGUGAUGUGCUCACUGCAGUGUUACUUGGAGUUGCUGCAAAGAAAAGUAUGGAACAUAUGGUGGAGCAAGAAAGAAGACUUGUAAAAGUAGAAUCUGCGAAAGACCUUUUCCUGACGUCCAGUGCAGUUAUUGAUGUUCCCCAGCUGGUGAUGACUGUGUACCUGCUCUCACCGUACAGUAUUGUAAAUUGUGUAGGCAUGGCAACGACAGUUUUUUCAAACUUGCUCAUUGCACUUUCUUUUGCUUGCACAGUAUAUGGUCAUUGGGUUCCGACAGCAAUCGCACUUGCUAUUGAAACAUACAAGUCAUUUUACCCUAUGAUGCUUCUUGUGCCAGCACUGCUAUAUUUCACUGAGGUGAAUACAACUAAAAAUCGCACCUCACGAUGGUACCCUAUACCAGUUGUUUUGGCAACUAUCUCUUUAUUUGCAUCAGUGUUGAUGGGCUUGCUGUAUGCUUCUUACUGUGUCUGUGGGUCAUGGAGUUUCAUCCCAUCUACAUAUGGUUUCAUAUGGUCUGUGCCCGACCUAACACCAAACAUUGGUCUCUUCUGGUACUUCUUCACUGAAGUGUUUGAACACUUCCGAACAUUUUUCUUGUGGACGUUCCAGCUGAAUGCUUUUGUAUAUGUACUGCCACUGGCAAUAUGCCUAAGGAAAGAUCCUAUUCUGUUGUUCUUGGUCGUGCUGGCACUUAUUGCAGUGUUCAAGUCCUAUCCCAGUAUUGGAGAUGUGGCACUGUACACUUCUUUGCUCCCUCUGUGGAAGCAUGUGUUUCCACAUAUGAAGCAAUACUUUCUCAUUGGCUGCAUCUUCAUUGCUUGUACUGCCCUAGCUCCAAUCCUGUGGCACUUGUGGAUCUAUGCUAACAGUGCCAACGCAAAUUUUUAUUUCGGCACUACCCUAGCAUUUAAUACUGGUCAGAUAUUCCUUAUUACGGAUUUGCUAUUUGCUCACAUGAAGAGGAGGUACUACAUCGAGAAUGGGGGUCCCAAAGAACUUGAAGCAAAGGAGUUGAGAUUGGAACUCCACUGAGUGGCACUUAAUCAAUGGGACCUUGCUUUUUUUUUUUUUUUUUUCGUUUGUGUGAAGGUAAUGCAGAGAAUGGUGCAGAGAUGAUGUGCCUUAGUUUUCGCAUCACUUUAACAUUCCUGGCUUUGUAGGUCUGAAAUAGUGCAUGUACAUAAUGCUGUGUUACAGGUACAACAGUGAAGAAUCCAUUGGAAACCUGUUGUAGAUAUUGUGUUCAUUGUCCAUCGAAAAUAAUUGAUAAAGGGAGGGGCACAAGUCCAUAUCAGAAGUGGCUGCUCUUUUAAUUGAAUACUUAGGUGCCUUGUUCUCAUUAUUGGACAGCAAAAAAAAAUAGAAUUAAACCCUUAGGUCAGGAGCUCCUUACCUGAGGAUUAAGUGUUCCUUCCACAUUAGAAUAUUACAUUUGCACUAUAUUUGUUGCAGGAUUCUGUUGUCCAGCAGAUCUGCUUCCUCAGUCCUAGAUAGCAAGCCCUUCUACACAGUCCAUAGAGGGUGUGUGUCAGAUUUGUUAUUGCGUAUUGUUCAACUUUCAUUAAGCAUUAAUGAUGAUUAGAGCACAGAUAAAUAUGUGCUAAAAACUUCUGAAAUAUGCAUGCAACUAUGCAUCAAAAAUCUUCAAAAUAUGCAGUAAAAACUGAAUAUUGUGAGACAGAAUCAGCACCCUCAUCAUCACGAUUGUCAUAAUCGGUUCCAGGCCGCAAGCAUUUUUGAGCCCUUGGCAUUCCUUCCCUUCUUGUAUCAUAAACAGUAGCUUCCACUGCA